AAUAAGGCUCAUUAAGUUUAUUGCAGCCUGUGGGUGUGAAAUCAUCAUCGCGCUCCAAAUAAUACACGCAUUUCUCGCGAGCCCGUUUCUGUUGGCUGUAAAAGUGCACAGUCUGUCAACUGAAAUGCAAAUAGCCCUUCUGCGUGUAUCUGUCUCGAUACGUUAUCUUCAUGUGGGGGUGGGUAGCGUGACCUACGGCUAUCCAACUCCACUAAAAUCCGUUUAUCUGUAACGUUCACCAACGAUCGUCGCCCCUGAACGAUCGCUCAACAUUCGUCUCCGCCGCACCGUGAACACAUGAGGAGAACGACACCCGUAACGUUCACCAGCGCACUCGUUUGGCGGCUCUUAGCGCCAAAGACCGUUUGUUUUGGCAUCCCAGGGAAGUGGGUUUUACAACCGCUGUUUUUAAGCCCUUUUAGACAGUCAUGUGAUUGUAACGUAACCCGACCGGAAAACACCGACGACCAUCGCCGCCAAUGCUGCGUUUGAGAGGAACAGAGCAGCUGCGAGCCCAACGGACAAGUCCCCCGGUAACAGACAACAACUCGCCCAACUCCACACGCUCGAGCGGAGGAAAGGUGGAAGUAUGGAGCUGGCCAAUCAUGGUCUUAUCCUUCUGCAGCAGCUCAACGCGCAGAGGGAGUUUGGCUUCCUGUGUGACUGCACGGUCGCCAUCGGCGAUGUCUUUUUCAAAGCACACAAGGCUGUACUGGCCGCAUUCUCAAACUACUUCAGAAUGCUAUUUAUACACCAGGACAGUGACUGUGUCCGCUUGAAACCUGCUGACAUUCAACCCGACAUCUUCAGCUACCUCCUCAAUCUGAUGUACACCGGAAAACUGGCGACGCAGCUUAUCGAUCCAGCUCGCCUGGAGCAGGGCGUCAAGUUCCUCCACGCGUACCCUCUGAUUCAGGAGGCAAGUCUGGCUAGCCAUGCGGCUCAGGCACAUCCUGAGGUCAGUCUUCCCCUGUCGUCCUCUCUUUAUGGCAUUCAGAUAUCAGACCAACAGGCUACGCUCACAAAUCGCGUCUCAACGAGAACGCAUCUCUCUUCGCCGUUCGACCUGGAAGGUUUGCUCGAUGGGAAGUGUGCUACCACGAACAAAGCUACCUCACUGACGCGGCCUGUAUCCAAGCACAGGCAAGCUCUGUCAGAAGCAGAGGUAGAAUCGUCGGCGAGCACCAGUCAAUUUGUGAGGGAAGGCGGCGAGACCGAAGCAUCUGGAGGUGAAGCCCCAUCUUGCUCCCUGAACGCCAACACCAUUCUGCAUGUGAAGCCCAGCAUCAUGAGAAGAAGUUCCUCUUUGAGGAAGCAUUAUACGUGCCACGUCUGCGGGGGGCGCUUUACCCAGCGGGGCGCCUUGCGAGAGCACCUGCUUCUACACACCCAGGCUAUGCUCCCCCUGGUGUUAGAGUCUGUCGGUGCAGCUUCCCCAAUGCCGCCUGGAGGUGCUGCCACACCAGAGGUGGAGGAAGUCUUCAGAGGCAGCGAAGCGGUAGCAGCCACUCCCAUCAUCGUGGAUGCUGCUAGUGACAGUGAGCAACAUCUGUACUCAAAAGACUCGCCACACCCCGAAACCGCCAUGCCCGUCCCAACAACGACCGCAGUCAGCCUGUGCACCGCUCAGCCCCAGGCGGACACACCGCCUCCGUCCGAUAUCGCUGAUAUCGACAACCUAGAAGGUGCGGCUGACAUGGAGCGGGAAGUGAAGCGGAGGAAAUAUGAGUGCUCCACUUGUGGUCGCAAGUUCAUCCAGAAGAGCCACUGGAGAGAGCACAUGUACAUCCAUACGGGAAAGCCGUACCGCUGCAGCGCCUGCGGCAAGAGCUUUUGUCGGGCCAACCAGGCGGCGCGGCACGUUUGCAUGAAUCUGGGCUCGGAGCCAGCGUACACCAUGGUGGACCGACAGAGCAUGGAGCUGUGCGCCGCAGACGACUCCAGCCAAAUGGAGGCGUUGUUUCUCGGUUCUUCUGGGAGGCCGUACAAAUGCAAUGUUUGUGAAAUGACCUUUUCCAGUCCUAAUGAGGUGAUCAAGCACCUGUGUUUUAACCAGGGAGCUCUAGCGGGUGCAGCGGCUGGAGAAAUGGGUGUCAGCGGGCUGAACAGUGACAGCCUGGCCAAAGACGAAGGCUCAGAUUCAUCCAACGGUGGGCCUUUGAUAACGCCCAUCAAAACCGAGGAAGUCUUUGUAGAAUAGCUUCACAUUCAUCCACUUCAGAGUAUUGUUGUUGUGUUUUUUUUUUUUUUUUUUUUUUUUUUUGUUUUUUUUCAAUUGUAUUGCAUUUGUGGGUAAAUUAUGAUCAGAAGUUAAGCUACAGAGAGAAAAUUCUGUUAUAUUGUUUCUUUUUUUUUUUUUUCAGGGAAUUUUACUUCUACUGAAAAGUUAUACUUUUUUUUUUUUUUCAUGCAUUCAUUUACUAUAUUUAUAACAGAUUUACGGUAGGUUUAAUCCAACAAUUCAAAGUCCUGCUUCGUUCUGUGUUUCUUUCAAGGGUUUUACUGUUUACUCGGGUCACUUGUAGUGCUGCGGUUAAAGCUCUUCCUCUGCCUAACGGUCUACAGGAAAAGGAUGUAGUGAACUGCUAAAAUCCUGCUUUUGUCACAGACCAAAUCAGAUGUAGACCUCAUUAGGUUGGAUCGGGAAUAUUUAAAAUUAUUAAAGCCACAAAAUGAUUGGUUCAUGGGUACAACACCAAAAUUUCUUUUGAAAAUAAGAAAUGUCACUUUCUGAGCAGCUAAAUGGAGGUUCUGGUUUAGGAUGAGUAUUCACUACCUCAACCGGUUUCAGACAUGCAAUAUCAGACUUACCUGAAAUUUGCAUCAAAGGGUCGAGGAUCAAAGUCAACUUUAUUUUUCCAGUGCCUCCGAGGAGUUAUACAGAUCUCAAAGUUUUUUCUUUCUUACACCGUUUCUAAUUUCUCAUUACAUGCUUUGGGUUAGCAAGAGCAAGGUGUAAUUGUAGAUAACCUUCAUGCAGUGCCAGAUUACCUGUCGAACAUCGCUUAUAUUGUUAAUGUGACCCACGACAUAUUUGCCUAAUUAUCCACUUUUGUCAGUUUGUUACAGUGCUUUUUUUUUUCGUGCCAAUGCCACCUAAACAUUCAUGCUGUAAAAUUGGUCGGCGGCAGCAGCUCAUCAGCGAUUCGGUUGUGUUGCUCUCACUGUGGUUCAACAUGUUUACAGUUGUGCUGUGCGUUUAAUCAAAGUUGUUACUGUGUGUGAUUUUAGAAGACACUGUGGCCAAUCGUAUAUAUAUGUGUAUAACAUUUGCUUGAAGGGAGAUAUUUCUGUCACUGUUUGCUGAUUUAAUUUUUGCCAUGAUUUGCUUAAAUAUGCUCUUAAAUUCCUUAUUUUUGAGUUUUAUAUAACUUUUCUAAUUUUAUGUACAGUGCUUUAUUUACAAAGAAUUAUAAUCUCAGAGGUUGUAUAUUGUUUAAUGCAUUUACUGUAGAAUAUUAGCCAUUUGUAGUGUAGCACAAGUAUGUGUAUAUUUGUCAUCUGUCUUUGUUUUAAUGAAACUGACAGUGAAGUCAUGCUGUAAAAGCACUGAUGUCUGCUAAAGAUUCCGACUACUUUCAUCAAUAUACUUGUGCUACAUCAGGAAACGUUUGUCAUUUGCAGCCAGGGUGAUUUACAUUCAGUGCUUUAUAUUUCUUCCAUCUUUCUCUUUGUAAAAACCUUGUAGGAAUUUAUUUUAAGAGCACUGUGAGAGCACUGUGAGUUAAGUUACUACUGAAUAGUUCAUUAAAGCCCAGGAAUGACCAUUUGCUUCAUUUUGUUACAAGGAUUUUUUUUUUCUUUUUACCGUAAUGUUACUUUUUUUUUUUUUUUUUUUUUUUUUUUUUUUUUUUUUUAAUCAUACAUCAGGCGAUGUCAUGCCUUUUUCCCCGUAGUAUUGUUACAACUCUUUGUUAUUUGUACAUAUGCAAGUUGUUACUAUUUGAGACAGUUUUAGGGAGGAAGGGGUAAAGGUGCCCCCUCAAACGCACAAACCCCAAAGCCAAGGCAAAACAUACUGUGAUCUCUCGCUCCUCAGGAACAUGAACAGUCGUCUCUGGAAAAAAAUACUUCCUUUGCAUUUUCAUUGUGAAUAAUGAUAAUAAAUCCUUAUGUUUUUGAAA